AGUGUGUUUGGAGGGGCUGACAUGGACAGGAAUGGACAGUUUAAUUAAUAACCACUAUCCAUUUCUCCCUGACCUCCACUAGUUGCACAUGCUCUCACUGGGGUCCACAGGCACAGGCAGCUUGAUGUUCGUUAGCAAAUAUUGAUGGAGCUGUAGCUCACAGCGUGGAUAUCUGACCAAAAAGGCACAAGCCAGGAAUUUACCGUCAACAGCCCGGGGAGAAAAAAAGGCAUCUACUGAGCAUCUCAUCCCUGCGUGGGAGAAGAGACCUGUCAGAGGUCAACAAAGGCUCACUACGACUACCACUACGACAGACAACCGUCCUGAAUGAAUGAGUGGGUGGGCCCCGACAUCAAUGUGGUGGGACCACUGCAAAUCCCACCCAGCGAUGAAUUCUCCAUCUCAGAGAGCACUCAGUUGUUUGAUAUCCUGGCAGAUCAAGGCAGUCCUCUCCUCCACGACCCAGAUAUGUUACCUUUCACCAGCUAUCCCACCAUGCAGUACCCAUCCAUGGAGCCAAACAUGUCUUCCACUCCAUACUACUCCACUCAGAACUACUACCCUCAGUACAAUGGGGACGAAUGGUACUCGCACACAGGGAUAUAUGAACUGAGGAAAGGACCCCUGGAGGGCAGCUAUGACGCUGAGAUGGACGAGGGGUCCCCUGUUGUGCCAACUGUGUGCAAGAGGACCCGGCACAUGGCGCAAGCCGGACGGGUCAAAGGGGAGGAACUGUGUGUUGUGUGUGGAGACAAGGCCUCUGGAUACCAUUAUAACGCUCUCACCUGUGAGGGCUGUAAAGGUUUCUUCAGACGGAGCAUAACAAAGAAUGCGGUGUACAAAUGCAAGAGCGGUGGAAACUGCGAGAUGGACAUGUACAUGCGUAGGAAAUGCCAGGAGUGCCGACUGAGAAAGUGCAAGGAGAUGGGCAUGCUGGCAGAGUGCCUGCUGACAGAGAUCCAGUGUAAAUCGAAAAGGCUGCGGAAGAACACCAAGGCCUCCCCGGGACAGUCCACCGGAGACGAGACGGAGGGGGUAGACACCGCAGACAGCAAACAGGUCACCUCAACCACCAAGUUGUCGAAGGAGAAGGUUGAAAUCACCAAGGAGCAGCAGGCCCUCAUGAAACUCAUUGUAGAUGCUUACAAUAGACACCAGAUUCCCCAAGAUGUCGCCAAAAAACUGCUACAAGAACAGUACAGCGCAGAGGAAAACUUUCUCCUAUUGACCGAAAUGGCAACAAGUCAAGUUCAAGUGUUGGUGGAGUUUACUAAAAAUAUUCCAGGGUUCCUGGCUCUGGAUCACGAAGAUCAGAUUGCUCUGCUGAAAAGUUCGGCCGUAGAAGCCAUGUUUCUGCGCUCAGCUCAGGUUUUCAGCAAAAAGAUGCCCAGCGGACACACUGAAGUCUUAGAGGAGAGGAUACGCAAGAGUGGUAUAUCAGAAGAAUUCAUCACACCCAUGUUCAACUUUUAUAAAAGUAUUGGUGAGCUCCAGAUGACGCAGGAGGAACAGGCUCUCCUCACCGCCAUAACCAUCCUGACGCCAGAUCGGCCGUACGUGAAGGAUCAUCAGGCGGUUGAGAAACUUCAGGAGCCCAUGCUGGACGUGCUGAGGAAGCUGUGCGUCCUGCAGCAUCCCCAGGAGCCUCAGUACUUCGCUCGCCUCCUGGGCCGCCUGACAGAGCUGAGAACUCUCAACCACUACCACUCUGAGAUGCUCUCGUCCUGGAGAAUGAACGACCACAAAUUCACCCCAUUGCUCUGUGAGAUCUGGGAUGUGCAGUGAAGCACUGAGUUGGCUGAAGGAGGUGACAGCAAGAAGAACAUUUGCAGCAGUGUGUAUUUAUAUCGCAGGAUGUGAGGAGUUAAAAUCCUAUACCAGAAGCUUCUGUUGAGCCUGACGUCGGGGGGGUUAGGUGCAGGCACUGACUCUAUGGAUGGUUUAGGAUAUUGUUCAUGUAUUUUUUUCAUGGCUCACACCACCAUUUGUAUUAAUCGUGGCAGGAUUUUCAGAAAAAACGAGAAAUCUGUCCAAAGGUUUGGAUUUAACAAACUUCUUUUUUUUUUUAAUUGUUGAUUAGUCAAACAAGUACAAACACUGGAACUUAUUCAAGGCCAAGACGGUGCUCAUACAAAGUGUGAGAUUUAGUUUUCCUGCAUUAAUUUAUUCCUAUUUUGUUAGUAAAACAUAGUGUCACAAUAGCUGUGCACAAAUGUUCUGUACCCUACAUCAGCCCUAAAUGGUAAGGUUUUAAGGAAAAAAAGGUUUAUGAGGGGAGAUGGAAGAAACACCACACGAGCAACAUCUGACACAUGUGGAAAACAGCUUUUUAAAAAGAACGUGUCUUGUUUAAAAUGAACAAGAAACAGCAAAAUAUUAAAUUAUUUAUGUGGAAAGGUUUCCAUGAUGAAAUAGGAGACAAUCUCACAUUGCAUAAUUUGCGAUUUCCCCACCACAAAAUCAUUGACUUUGUAUUAUUUAGUCUUAUUUAUGCCCCCAGUUAACAUAGGAACAGAUCGCCUCAAUUAAAAGACCGUGUCUGUGUUUUUGCGUGUUUUAGUUCAAUUUUCAGGUGGCUAAUAAAGAAUAUUUAACAUUG